CACUGGAAGUUCUUCGGGUUUUGCACGAACGAUGACGUCUUGAAAAAGGCCUAUUCAACCAAAAAGUGACUCAUUCGUCAUAAACAUUGGAAUUUCUCAAAGAAAUUUCUUCGCGAAAAAGUGAAUUUCUGCACUGCAGACUGAGAAUUUUAUUUGUAUUUUGAGUGAAAACCAAAAGGCAGCAAAACGGGGAACGAAAUGUCAGUCUCGGCUAUGGAGAAGCAUCUCUUCAAUUUGAAAUUUGCAGUGAAAGACUUAGAGCGGAAUGCCAAGAAGUGCGAGAAGGAGGAGAAGCUGGAGAAAGCAAAGACAAAGAAGGCCAUCCAGAAGGGCAACAUGGAAGUUGCUCGGAUUCAUGCAGAGAAUGCAAUUAGACAGAAGAAUCAAUCUCUGAAUUAUCUACGGAUGAGUGCAAGGGUGGAUGCUGUGGCAAGUCGAGUGCAAUCUGCUCUGACCACCCGGAAGGUCACCAAUUCGAUGGCAGGAGUAGUGAAGGCAAUGGAUGCUGCGAUGAAGGGUAUGAAUCUCGAAAAGAUCUCCUCCCUCAUGGACAAAUUUGAGCAGCAAUUCGAGGAUCUCGAUGUCCAGAGCUCCUACAUGGAGAACACAAUGUCCCAAACUACAACCACUUCAGUGCCUCAGGGAGAUGUUGAUUCGUUGCUGCAGCAAGUGGCUGAUGAGGCAGGUCUGGAGCUCAAUAUGGAACUGCCAGCUGGUCCUCAGGCAUCGACAAUUGGUGCCAGCACUCAGGUGUCGCAGGAACAGGAUGAACUAACCCAGAGACUCGCUAGACUUCGGCAGGCUGAGUAGGAGGGACAAAAGUGAAACCCCCCAAGGAUGAAUUUGCUUCUGUGUAUUAUGAAAUUUGUUGUUUAUUUUCUAUCAGUUUAAUUAUACUCGUAAACAAUU